AUGAAGGCCAUGAAGAAGUCGUUUUCUCUCGUGUUCUUCCUACCCUUCUUUCUCCUCGCCGUCAUCUACUUUGUUAUCUUCCCAAACGAGUUCAGGAUCCAGUCGUCGCUCGCGACGUGCGACGGCGGCGGCACGGCGGCGGCGGUGGCGGCGGCCGACGCGGUGGCGAAGGCGGCGCCGGACAUCCGCGUGCUCCUCGGCGUGCUGACGCGCGCCGACAAGUACGAGCGGCGGGCGCUCGUCCGCCUGGCGUACGCGCUCCAGCCGGCGCCCGUCCGCGCCGUCGUCCACGUCCGGUUCGUCGUGUGCAACCUCACCAAGGAGGAGGACGCGGCGCUGGUGGGGCUGGAGGCCGCCGCCUACGGCGACAUCAUCGUGCUCAACUGCACGGAGAACAUGGACAACGGCAAGACGUACACCUACUUCUCGGCCGUCCCGCGCCUCUUCGCCGGCGACCCCUACGACUACGUCGGCAAGGCCGACGACGACACGUACUACCGGCUGGGCGCGCUCGCCGACGCUCUCCGGGACAAGCCCCGCCGCGACGCGUACUACGGGUUCCUGACGCCGUGCCACAACCGGCCGGAGGUGCAGUACAUGUCCGGCAUGGGGUACGUGGUGUCGUGGGACGUGGCGGCGUGGGUGUCGGCGACGACGGAGCUCCAGAACGACCUGGUCGGGCCGGAGGACAAGCUGUUCGGCCGGUGGCUCCGGUGGGGCGGCCGCGGCAGGAACGUGUUCGGCGCGGAGCCGCGAAUGUACGACUACCUCGACGGCGAGAUGCGGCAGGGGCCGACGUGCUUCCGCCACCUGCUCCAGCCUGACACGGUGGCCGUGCACAAGCUCAAGGACAACCUCAAGUGGGCGCGCACGCUCAGGUUCUUCAACGCCACCGAUGGCCACGCUUCGCCUCUGUACAAUGUGGACCACUGA